AUGGCUACCACAACCAAAUCCCUCUAUUUCAAAAAGAUUCCGUCGGCAUUCCCAGAACCCGGAGUACACAUAGCUGUUGAGAAUGUCCCUUUCGACCCCGAGGCCCCGGCCCCAGAUGGCGGUUUGACGCUAGAAUGCCUCUACACCAGCUUCGAUCCCUACAUGCGAGGCCGCAUGAGACCAGCGCACGUCAAGUCCUAUACUCCAGCAUAUAACCUUAACGAGCCUAUCCCCAGCGCCACUAUCGCAAGGGUCAUUAAGUCCAAGAACGACAAGUACAAAGUUGGCGAUGUUGUUAUCGGCCUGUUGCCCAUCCAAAAGAAUCUCGUCCUGCCCGAGGCUCAUCUCAAGUUCAUUAGGCCGCUCGAGAACCCAGAAGGCCUUGAUGAUCUUCGUGUCUUCCUUGGUCCACUCGGCAUGCCUGGCCUGACCGCAUAUGCCUCUCUGUAUGAAAUUGGCAAGCCGAAGAAGGGAGAAACCAUCUUCAUCUCCUCUGCAGCCGGUGCAGUCGGCCAGGUAGUCGGACAGAUAGCUAAGCAUGAAGGACUGAAUGUCAUCGGCAGUGUUGGCAGCGAAGAGAAGCUAUUUUAUAUCGUCAAGACCCUGGGCUUCGACGCUGGAUUCAACUACAAGACCGAAAAGCCUGCCGACGCUCUCAAGAGACUUGCUCCCAACGGCAUUGACAUCUACUUCGAGAACGUUGGCGGAGAUCACCUCGAAGCUGCCCUCGAACAUAUGAAUGAUUUUGGGCGCAUCGUCGCCUGUGGCAUGAUUUCGCAGUAUAACCUGCAAAUGAGGGAGAGAUAUCCUAUCACGAAUCUCUUCCACUUCAUCACCAAGCGUUUGACGAUGCGUGGGUUCAUUGUCAACGAUCCCGGUAUGGGUGACAAGUGGUCGAAGGAGCACCUCGAGCGGGUCUCCAAAUGGAUCAAGGACGGUUCUUUCAAGCCCCUGAUUGCGGAGACGGUGGGCAUCGAGAAUGCGCCUGAGGGUCUAGUGGGUAUCUUCCAUGGAAGGAACUUGGGCAAGGCCGUCCUGAAGCUGUAG